AUGUUCUAUCAGUGGGAACAGCAUCCCAACCAGGAUAGGCGACAUCGCCCUCGCACCCGCAACGGAUGCUUGACCUGCCGGAGGCGUAAAGUGCGUUGCGAUGAAAAGCGGCCGGACUGUGGACAUUGCAGUCGCCUCCGAUUGGACUGCUCGUGGCAGGAAGAUUCUGGGCUCAGGUUGGGUGUGAGAACGAAGAGAAUACGACAGCGACUUCAGCAAAAACCACAGUCUCAGCAACAACCUGCGCAGCCCGAGCCCGCCACGGCAAAUGCAGAAACCUCCGGUCUAUCGGCUUCCGAUGAGGCGCUUCAAGCGCCAGAUGCUCUCGUCGAUGAUGAUUUCAGCUUCAAUCGCAUGUUUAGCUAUGCAAGUUUCAUGUGGGAUGACUCUUCUCCAACUGAUUUGUCUCCGGGCUGGGAUACCUUCGACCUGACAUCCUCACAAGAGUUGGUCCCCUGGUCUGAUGCUUCUCUCUCUAUUCCAACAUCCAUUCCUAGCACCUGCACAAAUCCCAUGGCCAAUACCGAAGCUCUCUUGGACCGCCAGGGCAGGUUCAGUAGUAUAACCUCACCAACCAUCGCGAUCGGGUGGAGCGAGACGCAGUUGGCCGAGUACUUUGCACGAUCGGCAGCCCCGCCCAUUCUAGCUACCGUUGAGACCAGUGCUCGCUGGUUCUGGAUGCGAAAACAACUGACUUCGAUGACCUCGACCUCGCGAAUGGUCAAAUUCGGAGUCAUUGCGUUCGUUGCCUUGGAACUCGAGUCUGCCGGCACCUUGGAGCCAUCAACAUACACUCAAUACUACCGUACUGCGAAAGAACGAUUAGAGGAAUGCUUGAAGGAUAUCAGUCGCGACCGCAAAAUCAUUUCAUCCCAGUUGAGGCAUAUCCUAGCAGUUCUCUUUCUAUUGUCAUACGUCGACCUCCUCACAAAAGACGUGUCUAAAGCACACGCAAAUUUGCGAGAAGGGUUCCAUGCCUUGGAGAUGGUGGAGAUUGAUUCACUGAGCGUGACCGAGAGACGACUCCUAUCGUGGCUACGUCUUCUCGAUGCAAGGGCCGUCAGUGCAGGCGGCGAAGGCUUGUUUCUUACAGAAGGGGAUAGUGCCGUCAACACAGAUCUACAAUCUCCCGACAGCUCUAUUGCCGAGGUUGACUCUGGGCUAGAUGACGCGGAAGCAGCAUUGGAAGAAUUCAUCAUGCGACCAGCUUUCCUGUUCUUCCAGAAAGUCCAGCUCUUCAUGGGCCGAAUAUCUAAGAUCGACCCUUGGCAUCGACGGCGAGGUACCGUCGAAGACGAAACGGAGGUAAUGGCUAUUUCGACCACGAUCACUCGAGACAUCAAAUCUCUGUGGCAGCAGCGGCCGCCGCUGAUGGACCAUGCAGUGGCGGGCAAAUUAGCGACCUUGUUAUCCCCGUCUUUGGCGGAGACAAUCACUCGCACCAUGCGGGUAUAUCACGCCAACUACUAUGCCAGCUUCAUUCAUCUACAUCGUGUAGCAUAUAAGAAUCUCCCACGCACCGCAGAUGUUAUGUAUGCUAUGAACGAGAUCCGCCAGGUCACCAAAAUGAUAUUGGAGAGUCCGUGGAUAUCAUCGCCCCAGGAGAUUCCAGCAAUCGGUACCCCAAAUGCCUCUACGACAACGUUGCCCUCGCUGCCCGUAAACAUGCUCUGGCCUUUACUGAUGCUCGGUGUCGAAGUCGAAGAACCAGAAGAACGCACUUGGGUCAUAUCCUGCAUUAAGGGCAUGGAGAAUGUAGCAUCAAAUGCCGGCAUCACGGCAGACGUUCUCCAGGAAGUCAUCCGGCGACAAGAUGAGACUAGGCAGCGAGUGGAUAUUAGGAAAGUGAUGCACGAAACUUUUGAUCGUGCAUUUGCUAUCGUGUAA